CAAAGCUAAACUUUUUCUCCUAAAGGAAAAAUACCAUGGUUAGGUUCAGUUGUGAUCAGAUGGUUCCACCAUAGGGAACAAUUUGUUAAACAUUAGAUAAACUGCAAAUAUUAUAUUGCUGCUCUAUCAUUAAUGUGGGUUUUUUUAAUAACGUGAGCAUUCAUAGUUGACAUAUCAAACUUAGAGCCAGUGAUAUAUUUACAAUAUUAUAGAAAAGGUGGUUUUAUAGUGUUUUAGGCUGGUUACGUAUUUGGUAUGCAUUCAUUCUUAAUCUUUGUUCUAGGUAGUGAUUGUUUUUUUAAUAGAGAUUGCUGCAAAUAGACUUUACAUUUUCUUUUGUAUUUAAUCCAUAUUUUUAUGUAAAUUGUUUAUAUACCCUUUAAUGUAAAUAGUCUUGCAUUUUAAGAUUCUAUUUAUUGGUAGAUUUAAAUCACUAGUCGAUAUUGUUUCUUGCAAAUGAUCACUUGAAAUAGUACUUGUGCAGAAAAAUUAGCAGGUAUUUGCCACAAAUCUUCUCUGAGCUGAGGUUAGGAUUUGUGACUGUUUUACUUUCUCAACCAAUGUUUUCUUGUCAUUUACGUAUAAUUGAAUAACAUUUUUAUCUGUAAGGAUUUUUCAGUAGCUGGUUCAAUUUGAACUGCUUUGUUUUUUCACCCUAAGAUUCUGGUUUUCCCUAGCCUUGAUCCUGCUAAGGCAAAAUAUCUAUAUUGUUCCUUUUCUAUUGGAUCAGCUUCUUUGGCUCCAAGUAUUCCUUUUAAAAGAUCAGCAAAAUCCUUUAAAACUGAAAAAUCAUUUAACUUUGCAGACUAGAGAAGGAUGUUGAAUUGCAACUCUGAAGAGGAGCUGUGUGGCUUUUUUAUUUUUGCUUCUUAACUAUGUACCUGUUCUUCAGAUAUCUGAGAGGGAUAUCUGUGAAGCAGUGAUUUUCUUUUCCUACAUAUAGUGGGAAGGAACCCUGUCCCUGUUUAUGUACUGUGUCACCACACAGUGAUGACAAGGAAAUUUUAAAUCUUGGUAGUUAAAUCUUUGGGUGUGUGGGCAGCCACCUGUGGGGAUGUGCUGCUUCUUUAAGGAGUCUGGUGGGAAGGAUAAGUCCAUGGGAACUUAACUUCUAGACAUGGAGCAGACAGCCUUGCCCUUUCAGGCCAGGCACUUCAUGCGAAGUUACCAGCACAUUGGCAGCCACUUUCUCCUCUCUAGAGAAGGUUUCCCUCUGAUAAGUCUGUUGGAGGAAUGAUAUUGAGGUUUCCAGUAUAAAACCAGAGUUGGAAUAGGCCAUAGUUGGAGUAGAGCCAGUUCUGUUCCAUUUUGAUUCUUCAUGAAUGGUUUCUGUUAUAAGUUCUCAUAGGGAGAAAGUAACACUUGUUUUUUUCUUUUUCUCCCUUAGAAGACAUAAAUACUAAUGCUUUUGAGAAAGCGGUAAAGUUUGGGGGGAGGGGAAAAAGCAACUGCUUUCCUGAUCUGCAACUUGGCUGGAUGCUGAGAUGUCUGUGGACAUGAAUAGCCAGGGAUCUGACAGCAAUGAAGAGGACUAUGAUCCAAAUUGUGAGGAGGAGGACGAGGAGGAGGAAGAAGAUGAGGACCCUGGGGACAUAGAGGACUAUUAUGUGGGAGUAGCCAGUGAUGUGGAGCAGCAGGGGGCCGACGCCUUUGAUCCUGAGGAGUACCAGUUUACCUGCUUGACCUACAAGGAGUCAGAGGGUGCCCUCAACGAGCACAUGACCAGCUUAGCCUCUGUGCUAAAGGCCGUUGAUGCUCACUGCUAUCAGCUGCAUCCUCCCUAUGGCACUGGUAUCUCAUUCAGUUGCUAAACUCAUAUUAGUUAAUUUCCACUGGCAAGUCUCAGAGAUAUUGGACAGAUACAAGUCCAAUUCUGCUCAGCUGCUCGUUGAGGCUCGAGUUCAGCCCAAUCCAUCAAAACAUGUCCCAGCAGCCCAUCCCCCUCACCACUGCGCAGUGUGUAUGCAGUUUGUGCGGAAGGAAAACCUGCUCUCUCUGGCUUGUCAGCACCAGUUUUGCCGCAGCUGCUGGGAGCAGCACUGCUCAGUACUUGUCAAGGACGGCGUGGGUGUGGGGGUCUCUUGUAUGGCUCAGGAUUGCCUGCUCCGAACACCAGAGGACUUUGUGUUUCCGUUGCUGCCCAAUGAAGAAUUGAGAGACAAAUACAGACGCUACCUCUUCAGGGACUAUGUGGAGAGUCAUUACCAGCUCCAGCUCUGCCCUGGUGCAGACUGCCCCAUGGUUAUCCGGGUACAGGAGCCCAGAGCUCGCCGUGUGCAGUGCAAUCGAUGCAACGAGGUCUUCUGUUUCAAGUGUCGUCAGAUGUAUCACGCUCCCACAGACUGCGCCACAAUCCGGAAAUGGCUCACGAAGUGUGCAGACGACUCUGAAACGGCCAACUACAUUAGUGCUCACACUAAAGACUGUCCCAAGUGCAACAUCUGCAUUGAGAAGAAUGGAGGCUGCAAUCACAUGCAAUGCUCCAAGUGUAAACACGACUUCUGCUGGAUGUGUCUAGGAGAUUGGAAGACCCAUGGCAGUGAGUACUAUGAGUGUAGUCGGUACAAGGAGAAUCCUGACAUUGUCAACCAGAGCCAGCAGGCCCAGGCCAGGGAGGCCCUCAAGAAGUACUUGUUCUACUUUGAGAGGUGGGAAAACCACAACAAAAGCUUGCAGCUGGAGGCACAGACAUACCAGCGAAUUCAUGAGAAGAUUCAGGAGAGGGUCAUGAACAACCUGGGGACGUGGAUUGACUGGCAGUACCUACAGAAUGCUGCCAAGCUCUUGGCCAAAUGUCGAUACACCUUGCAAUACACCUACCCGUAUGCGUAUUACAUGGAAUCUGGACCCAGGAAGAAACUGUUUGAAUACCAGCAGGCUCAGCUGGAGGCUGAGAUCGAAAACCUGUCAUGGAAGGUGGAGCGUGCAGACAGCUAUGAUAGAGGGGACUUGGAGAAUCAGAUGCACAUAGCGGAGCAGCGGAGGAGAACCUUGCUGAAGGAUUUCCAUGACACCUAGGUCAGGACACGGACGGGGAUGCUGCUGAGAGGUCUCCCGGCUGCCACACUGCAUGCUGCAGGCUCUGCCUUUCACAACCCCAGGCGACAGUCAGGGCCCCACUCCUGAGAGACACUGGCAACACACCUCUUAGUCAAUUUGUGUUUUCUUCUCAUCUUUUCGCUUUUUGUUUCUACCAGGGUAGAAUCCAUGUUGAAUUGGCUUCUUUUCAGAACUUGUAAUUUCCCCUGGAUGAUUGGGAGGGAGGGGAAGUUUUUUUUCUGAAUGGCUAUUAAUAGUAUUAGAUCAUUACAACUUAUGUAAUUUUCAAAGGUUGUACAAUUAUACAAAAAAAAAAAAAAAAAA